UAUGUUUUUGUCCUUUAGAUUAUAUUGGUGUUGACCUAGAUAUUGUAGUUUUUUUUUGUGCCAUUGUUGUUGUAUAAUUAACAAACACCCCACUAAUUAUUUCAUUCAUAUGUGAAAUAAGUUUCUGUUUUAUCAUGUUAAAUUUGGUUUUGUAAAAAUGACACUAAACUUUAUAUUUUCAGGAAGGCCAUUAGAGCUUAUGAAGAGAGUUGGGAUAGGAGAUUACAGUUAUUAUGUUGUUGUGUGGAAAGAAAAGGCAGAAACAGGAAUUCUAUAGCAGAGAUAGCAAAAUUACUACAAGAGUUUUUCCGUGAUUUAGAUGUUGUUCCAUCAGAUGUAUUUGCUGGAAUUGUGUUGCUAAGGAGACAUCAGAAGAUUCGUAUGAGACAUGUUGUGUCACAGUCAGAGAAUGAUGUAUACCAGUAUUUAUCUGGAGUCCCUAUUGUACCUAAAACUGAAUUCCUACAACUGAGUCACCCAGAUGUCAUGGAUGAGUACAACAAGGUCAUCCAUUACAUGAGGUUUGCACUGGCAGCAUAUGGAUGGCCAGUCUUCAUGAUGACAAACACUGGGUGUGGUCUGUGUAAAAUAACACCACAAUUAAGAUGUUGUUGUUCCUGUUGUGGAUUGAGGCACCCUAAGGGAGUAGAAUUAAUUGAUGAUAAUUGUUGCCAGUGUAAUUUUGCUGCAUUGUUACAUCUGAGUGGACUGAAACAAGCUGACUUGGUUUAUGUGACUUACCAUGUUGACAUUGGUGAAACACCAUUUUAUGUGGCUUUGGACCACAAACACAAGAAAGUUAUUAUCUGUAUCAGAGGGACUCUAUCAUUGCAGGAUGUGUUGACAGAUUUAAAGGCUGAUGCUGAGAUUCUACCAUUAGACCCUGUAAAAGAUGACUGGAUUGGACAUAAGGGCAUGGUUCAUGCAGCUGUUUACAUUAAGAAGAAAAUAAAAGAAGAUAUGGUUUUAUCACAGGCGUUUGGAAAGUGUUCUGAGAUUGGAGCACAGAGGUAUGAUCUUGUAUUAGUAGGACAUUCUUUAGGUGCAGGAACAGCAGCAAUACUAGCCAUACUACUGCAGCAGGAAUAUCCUGGAUUACAUUGUUAUGCUUACUCCCCUCCUGGGGGCCUCCUAAGUGAAAGUUGUGUAGAGCAGACCAAAUCAUUCAUAACUUCUGUUGUUGUGGGUAAAGAUGUUGUACCAAGAAUAGGACUGUUCCAAAUGGAAGUGCUGCGUACAGAUUUAAUCAAUGUUAUAAAGAUGAGUAACAACUCAAAAUGGAAGAUCAUAAUGAAAGGUAUAUGUUGUGGUUCCUCUGAAACAGAUAAGAUGAAUCUAGAACAAGUACGACAUGAAAUAGAAAAACGAGAUCUCCAUGCUCAUCCAUCAGAUGAUGACAUCACACUAGUAGCUCAUACACCGCUGUAUCCUCCCGGUAAAAUUAUACAUGUGGUGAGGAGUCAUCCUAAAAAUAAUGGGUCAAGUCUAUGUUGUGGUAAUAAUGAGCCUGUAUACCAAGCUAUCUGGGCUGACAACACAAGUUUUGAUGAAGUACUUGUAUCCCCUACAAUGAUAAACGACCAUAUGCCUGAUAAUGUUAUGGAUGCAUUGGAAAAGGUUUUAGUUAAUGUUGCUCCACCAAAACCAAUAAGAACAUUAACAGAAGAUGAACGGCAGAAUUUAUUAAACAAUAGAACGCCCUCUGUUGAUUCUGUGCUAGGUCUGGGACAAGUGGAUAUUCUGAUACAACCAGAGAUUGCAGAUCAAUCUUUAUGUCAGUUACCUGUUUACGAUAUGACUAACUAUCAUACUGAAAAUGAAUAUUCAUUAGAUUCUGAAGGAAAUAUUAUCAUUACUAAAAAUAAGCCAAAGAUGACCUUGAACCUAAAUGAAAAUAAAGAUGCACCUUUAGCAAGUCCAGAAACUUUAUCAGAUAGGUCAAGCUUAGCAAGCUCAGGUAGUUUGAAAAAUAUUAUUAGCAGUAACCGUGACAGUUUACGGAAAUCAUUACAAAGUCCAUUAGAGACUAUACAACAAUCGCCAACUGUCAAAUCUCCAAACGAAACAAGUUUUGACAUGCCUUUCAUAAAACAAGAAUCAAAAACCAGUGAUAAUUCUGAUCAUGUAAUGAAUGAUCUAACCCAGUCAGACAUGACAGAUAGUCAUAUUACUGAUCAUACAGAUAGUACCAAUACUGACGACCAACAAUUUGACAGACAUUCACCUAUAGAAAGUAACAAUCAGGUAGAAUAUGGCAGUCCUAACUGUUUCUAUUCCCCUGCAGGACUUGGCUAUCCACACUAUAUACAUGACCAGGAAACAGAAGAAAUGAUGAGUGACAGUUCAGAGACAUCAGAAAUGAACCAGUUAAUAGAACAAGAAAGUGAAAAUAUUCACCUCCCGUUGAAAGUUUCACACUCUGAAUGCAUGAAAAUACAGAGAAAACCUCUCCAGUGUUCGCAGUCUGAUUCUUAUCUACAAAGUUUGUCAGAAAAGUAUAAGAUGAGAAGAUCUAAGGAACAAGGAGAUAUUGCUCAUUUACAAGACAUAAACAACGUGUUUGAUGACUUAAUUCCCAUUCACGAUGUUAACUGUAAUCAACCCUUUAUAUGUACACAUGAUCAGCAUAAUAGAUCACAUGGAUCGAUAUCAGCCGAGGAUGAUUCUGAAUUGAGGCUGUCAACAACACAUGUUCAGCGUAACGGAUCACAUGGAUCGAUAUCAGCGGAGGAAGAUUCUGAAUUAAGACUGUCCACAUCACAUUCGGAUGAUAUAUUUGAUAUGCCCAUUGAAGAGACUGAUGUGUGAUGUCCGAUAAUGAUGAGGAUAGGAAAGAUAUUGUUCAUACAAAGUAAAUAAUGUUCCAGUUCGUUUUAAGAUGAUCUGAUUAUUUACUUAUUUUACGUUUAUCAUGGUGUAAUAGUGAGUAUUUGCUGCUGUGGAAUAUAAGCUCAAAUAACUGUAUUAGGUUUCCUUCAGUAGCUCAGUCAUCAAAUAACUGUAGGAGAUUUCCUAUAGUAGCUCAGUCAUCAAUAGUAGCCCAGUCACCAAAAAACUGUAGGAUAUUUGCAAUAGUGACAUUUUCAGUGGUCUAAAAAUAAAACAUUAUAUAUCAGUAAUCUGAUAUUAGUUUGUGUGAAAAUAUGAUGUAUUUUUAACAAAGAAAGCACCUGAUUUUUGUUUUUACCCAUAUAAGGACAGAGAAUGUCACUAUACUUUUUCUAAAAAAUGAAGUUUCUAAAUUUUGAGUUUGAUUUUUUUAAGUAUAGGGAUAUUUUUUUCUGUUUUCAUCUAAGAAUACAAACAAAAGAUGCUGUAAAAAGAAUAAUUUUUUAGAAAGAAAUUAUUAAAUUGUAAAUUGGAGAUUCUUAUUUUCACAAAACAUGCCCAUAACUCAGAAAAGCACAAUAUUUUCACAUGUCCUCUGGGUGCUGUAUUGAGGGGCAGUAUUAGAUAUAAAAAAGUGAACAUUUUUGUUUGAUAGGAUUUUCAUAUCUAUAUACAUACUGUAUUAUAACAUAAAUCAUUUUUAAAUGCCUUUUAUAUCAUAUGUUGUUGGUUGUUAAGUUUUGAUAUCUGUAAAAAUGUGUUUUUUUUUAUGUCUCUGGACUUUUGAUGGUGAUGUAUUUAAUCAUAAAAAAUUAUUUAUGUUUUAAUAUCCAUGGUGAUGUUUUUUUUAUAAGAGGUGCAUUUAAUAUCUGUUGUUAUGUAUUUGUUUAUAAGAGAUGUAUUUAUGUUUUAAUAUCCAUGGUGAUGUGUUUAUAUAUAUCAUGUAUAUAUAAGAGAUAAAUUUCUGUUAUGAGUGAUGUUCUUCUAUUUCAUGUCUGAAAUCCUCCUAUCUUAAGAUUGAUUAUUUAUAUGGAAAUAAUUUGUUUGUUUUUAUUCAUUCUUCUGUUUGUUAGUUAUUGUUUUUAUUUAUUCUACAGAAAACUAAUAAAGUUUGUCCAAAUUUUAUAAAAUUAAGGCUUUUGAUUUAUGAAAUCUAGUCUUUAUUUCUGACGCCUAUAGGAAUGCAUCUACCAUUUCAUAAAAAGAAGUAAAUAUUCUUCAAUAUAAUUUAUUGGAUUCUUAAACACUGUGCAAAUUUUUCAUGUAUCUGUCUGAAUUCCAAUGUUACAAUUUUAGGCAAUAAACAAUGUGUUCAAUUACAGUAGAAUAUUUGUAGAAGAAAUUUUUAUGCAUAAUAUGGCUUUUGUUUUUAUGUCGCUUUAUUGUAAAAUAAAGAGGUAAAGUUCUUGUUUACAUAAGAUCAUACUUGAAUUAAGUCACCAAAUAUGUUCCUGUGAAGGUCUUACACAAGUUCUUGUUUACAUAAGAUCAUACUUGAAUUAAGUCACCAAAUAUGUUCCUAUGAAGGUCUUAUACAAGUUCUUGUUUACAUAAGAUCAUACUUGAAUUAAGUCAUCAAAUAUGUUCCUGUUAAAGUCUUACACAAGCUCUUGUUUACAUAAGAUCAUACUUGGAUUUAGUCAUCAAAUAUGUUCCUGUUAAAGUCUUACACAAGUUCUUGUUUACAUAAGAUCAUACUUGGAUUUAGUCAUCAAAUAUGUUCCUGUUAAAGUCUUACACAAGUUCUUGUUUACAUAAGAUCAUACUUG